CAGAUCUACUUCGACCUCGGGGAGAUGGCCGCCGUCGUGCGUGGUCCUCGGGCAGGGCGUGGCGGCCCUGGCCGCGCCCAGGGGGGGGCGGAGGGGCAGAGCUGAGGAGCAGGAGGCCAUCCCGCAGGUCCAGGAUCGGGUCGCUCCCCUCCAUCAUCAGUGGUCUUUAUGGCGCGACGGGAACCAGAACACCAUCAAGCUGGUCGACAGCGAUGAAUUGAAGGCUUACCGCAUACUUGAGCAGUCAGCGUACAUUGAUAGACUGGAACUUGACAGCUUUGCUAUACCUGAUGGACUGCUUGUGCAGCCAGCUCAUAUCGUCAGGAUGCUCUAUGAUCUCGUUGACUACUACAACAAUAUGAUGACGAUCCGUCGAAAGUACCUCAUGAAGAAGCUUGAUGGGUGUUGGUCUAAGGAGAUGGACCAGAUGCUCAAGACACAUGACAGGUAUCUGGAAAGAGUCAAUGAGAAGCUAGACGCCAUUGCAGAUGCAAGAGGCGAUUGCCCACCCCGGCCAAAGGUCUUCGAUGCCCACCCCAAACUCUGCAAGUGAUAUACACGCUGUCUCUGCAUAAGAAUGACGCUGCUCUUGUGAAGUCUUACUCUGCCCGUCUGCGAAUGAAGUCAUUGUUCCAUACUCCAGAUGCACAGUUAGAAACUCCAGAUGCACAGUUAGAAACUCCAGAUGCACAGUUUCUUGGCCGCAAAACACUGAAGUCUCGCCUGUUCUCUUGUUCCUGUAUACAUUGUGUUGAGAGAACCCUGCUGAGCUUCUGAAAUGUUAUAACUGCAGUCUUAAUCGUAACUAUACGUUAUACAUAGUUGAAUCUGCUCCAGAAUUCUUGUGGAUCUCUCUUCCAUGAAGUCAUUUUACAAGAUAUGAUUUUUUUGUUCUUCUUUCAA